AGUUCAGAAGCAGUAGAACACGCUUGCGCAACGUUCUUGCCUACAGCACACAAUCGAGUUUAAGUAUGUAUUAGUCUUAAAUGACGUGAGUGCGCAACUAUUCGCGCCAACAACGAUGACAGCAGACGACGGUUCGCAUAAUACGCGUUGUAUUGCUGCCACGAUUCAUUAUAAAAUUCCUUUACGAAAUUGUAUAUCAUUCUGUUCUAUCGUAUCGACGCGACAAAUGAAACGAUUAUAAUUAUGUAAACUUGGAGUUUCGAUGCUUCAAACGACCAAUUCUUCGUGAAAGUGAUUUAAUAUCUGUGGAAAAAGCGCACAACAUGGAAGUACUGGAUCCCAGUGUUUCAAGAGAUGACCAGCCUUUGUGUGUCAAUGAUUCUUUGGAAAAAGGUUUAUUUCAAAUACUUUUCUCAUAUCGAUCGAAAAAACUAUAUUCGAAUAUUUCUUUUCGUAACUUUUUUAAAAGUAUUCAAGAUCAUUAGGAGCUCUCAACGUGAUAGGCAUUGUUUGGAAACAAAGGAU